UAAACUCCGAAACAUACUUCUGCAGACUUUGCAAAGCAAAGACGUUUAAGGACGGCGCUGUUCCGGGACAGUUUUACGGCAAUAGGGUAAUGAAACCGACUAAUUCAGAACAGUAAAGCCCACGAGACAAAAAAAGGUGGUACAAGAUACUGUAUCAUCUUUUGAAGGCAAAAUGUUAUUCAACUUGAAGAUGACAUUUUCAAAAAAAAGGCCAGACGUCUUCUACUAAAAUGGAGGCCUAAUUCAUCAGACGCCACCUCGCCUUCACGUUGUGAGCAGCGUGCCCGAAAAGCAGUAACUAGGUAUUCUUUUCCGCUUAUAUUCAUUCAUCGUGCCUCCUUCUUAGACGAAACCUUCUAGCUUUUCUUCUUUCAUUGGGUGCUUGCCACUGAACGAGGGGUAAACGAAUAAAAAGUGGCACAGCAAGUUGACUCCACCAUUAAGUUGAUUUUGGGCUUAGCACUCCUCAAAUCCCCCAACAAAAUAAAUCCAAAUUUAAUUGCUGAUAAAUGCAGUACGGGCGAGAAGAAAUUGCAAGUUGUCAAAACAAAGUAGAAUAUGGUUGUUGUUUAGGAUCUGCGGGAUCCUAAGUCCCCAUCCACUUGAUGGUGGACCGGACUAAAUGAGGAGCAACUUACUCCCUCGUUUUUUAGUCCAUGGAUCCCUAGUAUUGGAGCGUAGCACCCCAAGCAUUAAGAAUUGAAAAAAUCAAAAAUUUUGACUGACGGUUUCGUCAGUUGUCAAAACAAAGUAGAAUAUAUUUCGCCUGUUCAAUCGACUUGAAAAGGUGCCAAAGUUCAAAGAGACAAAGAAUUGGAAGUAUUGGGGCAACAACGGAAAAACAUACUUAGACGUCUACAAAUUGCAAACCGUAUUAUUUCUUCACUUAAGGGUAUUUUUACGAAAGAGCAAAUUCGGAAAAUGGGAAAUCCGAAUAAAAAGAUGCAUUGAAAUAGUGAGGAUAUUUCUGCUGCCAUUUCUUUUUGCUCUGCUGGACCACGAGCAUACAGGCUUCCAUACAAAAAGCCGUAGGAUUAGCAGUGCCGACACUAAAGAAAUGGGCUGCAAAGAUAAAACUAAAUCCUGGAAUUGUGGAUUCUGUAUGGCAACUACUAUCAAAGUACGACAUUAAGGAGCGACUGGGUAUUUUAUCUUGAAGAUCUUACCGUGUCUAUUCUGUCUACACUGGGUACUACUUAUUACAUGUACUAUGCACCCAAUUAUAUAAAACUACGGCCGUAUGUCGCUCGGGAGCAUCGCAAAGCCUAAAGGACAUCUUUUUAACGACGAGCGCGGUGAAUGGCGGUUUGUUUGUUUCUGAACGUUUAACUGUCAAAAUUGAAUUUUGAGGAGCUGAUUUGACAUACUGUCCCGAUAUUAUGAAGUAACAGCGCGAAUUGCAAUCGAAAACUGAUAUAGUGAACGAUCGCGUUAGACGCAAACCCCAAGCAGAAAAUUUCGCAAGGCUGGCAAGAAUCGUGAACGCAAAAUGCAUCUGUUCAAAAUUCCGUUUUGACAGUUAAACGCUCAGAAGCACACGGAACAUUGAGCGCGCUCGUCAUCGGGAAGCCGAUGCCCACAAGCAACGGUCGUGUUGGUUUCGAUCGUCAAAUCGCGCGCAGCUGUAUAAAUUCCUGUGUGUUUACUACUUUCUGUCAUGUUUGAAGAUCGCUCAUUCCGUCUGUCAUGACUAAUUUGAGAUGUCAUAUGUUUUGUAGAUGUUGGGUAGUUAGGGAUUCUCUUUUGUUCCGCGGGCGGUAAUGAUUAAAAGGCGUUCGUUUUGAUCUGUAGCAUUUAGUUUCAAGAGAGCAAAUAUACGAGUAUGUCGCUGGUAGACGUGGAUUCCUGGCUCACGGAAUAUGAGGCCUGCGAGCGUCUUAGUCACUCCAUUCAGUCGCAACUUGUACAACGUGAUAACCAGCCGAAGCUAUCAGAAGAGUAUUAUAGAAUUUCAGGGAAGAUACGUAUCCAACUGAAACAGUUUUCGACUGAAUUAGGUCAACUUAAAGCAAAGUUAGACUUCUCAUCGCAGAAAUCGACGCUAACUUUCGAAGAACUCGAGAGACGUCAGCGACAACUUGAGGGAGUACAGUCCAAAUUGAAUCAACUGCAAAACAAGUUCAAAGCAACAGGACAAGCAGAUAGAAAUGCACUCCUUUCUUCUGGAUCGUCAAGAUUGUGGGAAGAAGAUGACGAUGUGGCUAUCAUUGAUCCGAAUACCCAAACUGUAGAUGAUUUGCGACGAACACAGGUCAGAAUUAUUGAAGAUCAAGAUAGGGGUCUGGAAACAUUGUCACACAGCAUUGCGCGUCAAAAACAAUUGGCCUCUCAACUAAAUGGGGAAGUUGAACAGCAAAACGAUAUCAUUGACACUUUAGCUGAUUCGAUGGAGAAUACCAAUACUCGUGUCAGCAGUGAAACUCGGAACGUCGGGCUGGUUAGUCGACAAGAUAAAACUUGGGGAUAUUGGACUGUUAUUGUUAUAUUAUUUAUAGCAAUUUGUAUUGUAGCAUUAAUUUAAGAAGUUCAUGAAUAAAAUUAUUGGUAACACCAAA